CCAUUUACACUCUCAUCCUUCCGCAAUUGAUGAGCUCUCAAAUAACCUUCCCAAAACUUCAUUUCAAACCCUAGAAUUUUUGAUUGAAGGCAAGGAAUUCAUCUGGAAGCUUCUGCCCAAUUUCAUACGCACAUCGCACACUAGAAGCUACUGCCCAAUUUCGCUUCAAUUGAUGGCUGGUGUUUUUGAUAAAUUUACUGCAAAACUUUGGUUUGGGGGUAAAUUUUUAUGGAAAAACAAUGGUUUAGAUUAUGUUGGUGGUGAAGGUUGUACCAUAGAAAUUGAUGCUGACCUAAUUUCGUGGUUUAAUUUGGAUGAUCUAGUAGUGAGUAAGGUUGGGGUUGAUUAUGAACAUUCUUUAUUUUUUAUGAACCCAAGUUGUAUUCAAUUUCAAGAAGGCUUGAAAUGGGUUAAUAGUGAUGAAAAUGUAAUGGAAAUGGCAAAGCUAGGUGUUAAAUUUAGGGCAGUAACUGUUUAUAUACUCAAGGUAGGUGAUGAUGUAGAGUUGGAAAGGGACUUAACUACAUGGGUACCAAAGUUAAGUAUCAAAAGGUCAAGUAAAAGCAAGGUGGAAUAUAAAAGGCUCACCAAACACGGGGUCCAAAUGAUUUGUACCCUAUGCAAAAGCACAACGCACAACAAGAGGAAAUGCCCUUCUAUAAGGUGCAAGACCAGCCUCCAUAGCUCAAAAAACCAAGAGGAAGACCCAAGAAAACUGCUUCUACUCCCUUGGAAACACCAACAGAGCAGCCUUCACAUCACUUGGUGUCUGCCCAACCUUCGACAAUUGGUAGAGGUGGAAGAACAAUAAGGACGGGUCAAAGAGUUAGAAGUGCUAUAAGGGGUGCAGCUGUUCGUAGAGUGAAAGACGUGCAAGUUCAUCUGCAACCACAAGCCAGGGUCCAAACACAAGGUCAAGGUCAACGUUGAAGAUUUACACUACACAAGAAUCAACCUCAUCAGUAUUGAAGGAUAACUAAUAUGUUUGAACCCAAGCACUAUAGUGAUUGUAAAGCUAGCUAGUAUGUAUGAAUCCAUGAACUAUGUAAUUUUAAUGAUAGUAAUGAAGUGUAUGGGUAAUGCUUAUUUUGUUCAUGACGAUAGUGAUUGUAAUGAAUCCAUUAAGGGUAGUAAUGAAAUGUAAGGGUAAUGCUUAUUUUGUUCAUGACGAUAGUGAUUGUAAUUUUAAUGUAAUGACAGUUGAUCUAUGUAAUUAAUUCAUGGUGAAAUUGAUGUUUUUGUGUACUGUACACUGAUGA